AUGGAGUACUUAGCCGGUCUCGUAUUCUAUUAUCGUGUAUCCGUCGACCUGGGCUAUAAACACCGGAAGCGGUUUCUCCAAUCAGUGCAACGGGAGGAACUCGACAUGCCUAUUCAUAUUCGAUACAUGAGAACAGAGAACCUAGAGGAGGCCAUCGAACAUCAUCGUGCUGCCCUGGAGCUUUUCCCUGAUGGCCAUCCGGAAUGUUCCAAUUAUCUGAACCACCUCGGAAAUGCCCUAGAAAUUCGAUUUCAUGAGUACUUUGACUCAACGACCAUUCUAAUCAUUCUGGGGUUAGGUGAUUCUGAACUUUCGCCGUCACUGAGGAACUUCGCAUCUUCAUUGCUCUUCUAUUCAAGAGAUAUGGGCUCAUCGACGCUUUUGAAGAGAGCAUGCAGCUACUUGACUGUGCUGCCAAGCAUGAGUUUUCUGGCUUGGUACCCGUCUAGGAUCUGCCUGUUAAACUCUUGCCUCGCCCGGAGUCAAGCUCACCAUAUUGCUUCUAGAGCUUACAGGUCGGCAGUACUGCUUCUACAUCGUGCCGUCAUUGAUAGUCCUGAUCUACAAACACAGCAUGGCUUCCUCAAAGAGAAAAGCGACUACAGAAUAAUCACUUUGGAUAUAGUGGCAUAUACCGUACAAAUAGGCUUGAAGAGGCUGACAGCCCUGAAUCGCCUUGCAGAAACAAAUAGAGAGUCAGCUGAUAGGUUCAAGGAUGUUAGCUGGCAGCCGGGGAACCUUGCAACAUCAUCUACUCUACCGCAGUCCGAUUCCGUUGUGGUUCGGAUUGGGUCAUCUGUACUGGACGUACAUAAAGGGCGGAAAAUUUUCGGGGAGAGGCUGAAGCUGAAGAAGCAACUCUCCAGUGACCAAGGACACAUAAUUAAUGAGAUGCGACAGAUUCCUGGGUUUGAGGGAUUCCUUACAAGUACUGUGUUUCACCGGUUCGCGCUCAGUUACCAGUUAACGCUCAGUUGUACAAUACCUCCCUCAAUUCUUAGUAAAAUUUCUUGA